CGAGAGUUAACCCUUCAAAAGCUGCCCUUAAGAAAUCUGUCAAAAAAUCCCCAUGGGGAAAAACGCACAACCAUGCAAGCACACCUCACAUGAUGGUCCGAUCUUUUGCAUCGCAUCCAAUGAGCAGACACUUUUGCCAAUGCCGCAAUGCAGGUACUUUAAGCCCUAUAUUUGUUUUUUUUGUUCAAGGUUUCUAGCCUAUUUACACCACGCCAUGUACCAUAUUGGUCUCCCGUCUGCAAAUACUUCUUGGGAUCCCGUUCCUUUUCGUCCAAGUUCUGGUCCUCGUACCCACUUUACCUAGGCAUUUCGGGCCGCUUCGGCUGUACCACGCCUUUAAUACUCUGCUCCCUUCACCUGCUCGUCUCCGCCAUCGCAGUACUCUAAACGCGCAGCUCUUUCUCAAAGCUGUAUAAGAAGACGCCGUUUUCGAACACCCUCUGCAAGACCAACUAUCUUACACAACCCCGAUUGCGGGAAAGACUCAAUCAGCUUACUCUUAUGGAGUUUGUGCCAGAGUUCUUUUCUCUCCUGCUCAAAUCUUUGUAUUGAGCCUUCGACUUGUUGCCUAGGAAACAUUGUCCAGAAGUCACACAAAGCAAUUAAAGCUGAUCAAAAAUGGCGCUUUUGAAUGCCUUGCCAAUGACCAAUGGCCACAAAUUCCCAAAUGGCGGGAAGGCCCUCUACAGAGGUAUUCCUAAAGCCAGACCGUGGGAUGAGGUCCCAAACCUGGCGUCCCGCCUUUACGUGGAGCGCUCUGAGAAAGCAUUUGGGUCUCGUGCCAUUUCUUUGGUAGACCUUCCUGCGGGUUCCCUCUUCGCAAGGAUCACAAACGCUUCUCCAGCAGUCAAGGCGUAUACUUCGGUUCAAACGUCAGAGAAUGACCAUAUUGAGCUCAACUCUGACCUCGUCUACUGCAACCACUCUUGCGACCCGAGUCUCAUCUUCGAUAUGUCGAGGUUUGAGAUCCGUGUUGCCCCACACAGGGACCUCAAGAAGGGUGAUGCUCUCACAUUUUGGUAUCCAAGUUCUGAAUGGGAGAUGGAUCAACCAUUUGACUGUACCUGUGGAAGCAGUCAAUGCAAGGGUAGAAUCAGCGGGGCUAAAGAUCUGAGUGAUGAAAUUCUGAGGGAGUAUUGGCUCAAUGAUCAUAUUGAGCGCAUGAUUGCAGCUCGAGCCGCUGCGGAGUAUAAGCCUGCUCACUAGGAUGAUUUCUAGACGAAACCAUCCUUUUGGGGAACGUGUGUCUGCAAGUACAGAAUUCCAACAAUUCUGGCUGCUCGUAUGUUCUGUAAUUUCAACAAUCACAUUACAGUCUUUGAAAAGAGUGAAAUUGAGUGCCUGAUUUCCACACAGAUAAUUUGUGCUAACUUACGUCUUGUCCCCGAUCUCAGCUGAUAUCACAUGACGACUGUGCCCCAC